AUGAGUACCAUCCAGAAUCUCAAGAAUUUCAUACGUCAUGGCAAACAGGCUCGCCUGGUGACGCCGCAUGCCGAACCCACCACCAACGUAUCGCCCAUCCAUGCCGAACAACAACGUCAGCCCCAGCGCACUUAUCCUCCCGCCGCCGGGAACCUCGAUGCCCUCGACAAUAAGUUGGGUCACGCCCAGGCCCCGCCGCAACCCGCUCAAAAGUCCCCCGAGCCGUCCCGUCGUGGUCGCGACGCCGAAAUCGAGCAGAUCGUCGCCGAGGAAAAGAGUGUCCGCUCCAAGAUGCCUCGCUAUCCGGGCCUCGAACGAUGGAUCUUGCUGGAGAAGAUGGGCGACGGCGCCUUCAGUAACGUGUAUCGCGCCAAAGACUCCACCGGCGAAUAUGACGAGGUGGCCAUCAAGGUCGUCCGGAAAUUCGAAAUGAACAGUAAUCAGUCCGAUAUUCUUCAUCCCGGAUUAAAAAGAAAGCCCAAAGCGGCUGAGCGGGCCAAUAUCCUCAAAGAAGUGCAGAUUAUGCGGCAGAUCGACCACCCGAACAUCGUCAAGCUCGUCAACUUCUCCGAAUCGCCGCAAUAUUAUUACAUCGUGCUGGAGUUGUGUCCGGGAGGCGAAUUGUUCCACCAGAUUGUCCGAUUGACGUACUUCAGCGAAGAUCUUAGUCGACAUGUCAUCGUCCAGGUUGCCGAGGCGAUUGAGUAUCUUCACGAGACAUCUGGAGUGGUGCAUCGGGACAUCAAACCCGAGAAUCUGCUCUUCUACCCGAUCCCCUUCGUUCCGAGCAAACACCCCAAACCUCGUCAGCCCGGCGACGAAGACAAGGUGGACGAGGGCGAGUUUAUUCAUGGCCGGGGUUCUGGUGGAAUUGGAAAGAUCAAGAUCGCCGAUUUCGGCCUGUCCAAGGUCAUCUGGGACAGUCAAACGAUGACCCCUUGCGGUACCGUCGGUUACACCGCUCCUGAAAUCGUUAAGGAUGAGAGGUACUCCAAGAGUGUCGACAUGUGGGCUCUUGGUUGCGUGCUCUACACCCUUCUCUGCGGUUUCCCUCCCUUCUAUGAUGAAAGCAUCCAAAUCCUGACUGAAAAGGUGGCCCGGGGCCAGUACACCUUCCUGUCGCCCUGGUGGGAUGACAUCUCCAAGUCGGCUCAGGAUCUGGUCUCCCAUCUCCUGACGGUGGAUCCCGUCAAGCGUUUCACCAUCAAGGAAUUCCUGGCUCACCCGUGGAUCCGCGGAAGCAACGAGGAAACGAGCGCUGCCGAGGAUGCGCCCCCGCUAGCGACUCCCCUCAGCACGCGCCAGCCCCAACAAUCGCCCUUGGACGCCGCCGCGGCGGAUCAAGCCCCCAAUGCGCCCGUCAGCGCGCGCCUUGGAGACCAGCCCUCUGCCGGGUUGGAACGUCCCAUGGAUUUCCGAUCACCUGGCGCGAUCAACCUCCGCGAGGUUUUUGACGUUGGCUAUGCCGUCCACCGCCAGGAAGAGGAAGCGAAGCGACGCAAGAACUUCAAGCACGUCUACCGUGGAGCCAAUUCGACGGCCGGAUUCCAAUCCGCGCUGAACCCGCUCAACGAGGACUAUGACGACGACGACGACGCGCACAUCACCUAUCAGAACAUCCCGGAGGACGAGUAUCCUCCCUCGAAGGUCCACAAGAGCUCCAACCAGGCAAAGGACGUGGCCAUGAUGGAAGCCAAGUUGCGAUCGACCAACCUCGGUGCGGCUCCCCCCAGUCAUGCCGCGCAAGCUCGGCAAGCGAACCAGCCCCGACAGCAACAGGGCUACGGACAACACAGCGCCGCCGUUGCCGCCGCCGCAAAGCAAAAGGCUGCUCGCUCGGCGCGGCAACCAUUCGAGCUCAAUUUGGGCAAUGCUUCGUUGUUAGAAAAGAGGACCAGACGGCACCAGGAGCAACCCGUUAGCUGA